AUGGGGAACAGUGCGAGCGGGGCUCUGUCCAAGGAAGUGCUGGAAGAGCUGAAGCUGCAGACCUCCUACUCGGAGGAAGAGCUGGUGUCCUGGUACCAGGGCUUCCGCAAACAAUGCCCCGACGGGCGCAUCGGCCGGGUGGACUUCGAGCGCAUCUACGCCAACUUCUUCCCGCAGUCCGACCCCGCCGGCUACGCCGGCCACGUCUUCCGCAGCUUCGACGCCAACGGCGACGGGACCCUGGACUUCCGCGAGUACAUCCUGGCGCUCCACCUCACCUCCUCGGGACGCACCCGCCUCAAGCUGGAGUGGGCCUUCUCGCUCUUUGACGUGGACCGCAAUGGGACCGUCAGCAAGACCGAAGUCCUGGAGAUCGUCACGGCCAUCUUCAAGAUGAUCCCUCCGGAAGAACAGAAGGGGUUGCCCGAGGAUGAAAACACACCCCAGAAGCGGGCGGACAAGCUCUGGAGAUACUUCAACAAAAGGGAGAAUGACAGGAUCGCCGAAGGCGAAUUCAUCGAAGAAGUUAUGAAGAACGAGGACAUCAUGAGACUCAUCCAGUAUGAAGCCAAGAAGCCAUGAAGGAGGCUGGGCUCACCCGGGGGAGAGCCAGCCAGAUCCUUGGGGAGGAAGCAGAUAAGUGUGGGGUCAACCUGUUCCCCUCACCCUAAGACUGGGGGGUGGCGGAGAGACACGGGCAGACCUGGGCACCCUCGUCUUUUA